AUGGCGAUGGACCCGGACGCUGUGGCGAAGGCCUUCGUGGAUCACUACUACCGGACGUUCGACACCAACCGCCCGGCGCUGGUGGGGCUGUACCAGGAGACCUCCAUGCUCACCUUCGAGGGCGAGAAGUUCCAGGGCCCGAACGCCAUUGCCGGCAAGCUCGGAUCUCUCCCCUUCCAGGCCUGCGAGCACAACAUCGUCACCGUCGACUGCCAGCCGUCGGGGCCCCAGGGAGGCAUGCUCGUCUUCGUCUCCGGCUCCAUCCGCACCGGCCCCGAGGAGCACCCCAUCAAGUUCUCCCAGGCAUUCCAUUUGCUGCCGGCGGGUGGGUCCUUCUUCGUGCAGAAUGACAUGUUCCGCCUGAACUAUGGCUAA